AUGGGCAGCACCGGUGGAGGAGGGGGCGGAGGAGCAGGAGGAGCCAGCACUAGUGGCAGCGCGGCGGCCAGCAGCUCGCCUUUUGCCAGCAUAUCGGCGCUGGUCAGUGGACAGAGCAGUAGUGUCCCACCGCCACCACCACCGUCGGCGUCCGUUGCGGCGGCAACAGCAACUGGCACCAGCAAGCGCAAGAAAGCCACCAAGCAAAAGCGUUGAGAGCAGGAUCAACUGCAGCCGGAGGAGGAGGAGGAGCAGGAAGAGCCAGAAACCAUUGCCGGAGUGGCCAGGCCCGAGGACAUCAAGUUUAGAUUUAAUUGCAGGCACUGGAAGCGCAAGCUAAGGCAGUUUCAUUUGUUAUUGUCCAAAAACCAGAGGCAGCAGCAGUAGAGUAGUCAGUCAGUUGGAAAGAUGACCCACAAACACAAGAGACACACACACCUCCCGAGGAUCUAACCAAUCACAAAAAGAAACACCUUUGAACUGCAUAUAUGAACAUUAAUUACACAAUCGAGAUGUGUAUAAAAUGUAUAUAUUUAAUGAGAAUAUGCUUUAUCUAAAUUAAUACGGAACAUAGUAAAAUAGUAGUAGUAGUAGUAAAAUAGGUAUUAGGUUCGCAAAGUCCUUUUGUUCUAGCCAGUAAGACGAAAAGGAGAGGAGAGCAGAGAAAGGUAUAGAUAUAUAGAGCGUAAGAGGAAAAUGAAUUUUUGCUUUUUGCCUAAACUCGAAAAAAGAAAUAUGAAUAUUCGUGUUGGGCUAUGCAGUUUUAAGAGCACUUUGUUAUCAAUGGACAUGUAUACAUAUAUAUGGACACGUCUAUAUAUCUGGGACUCUCGUGAUUAUUUAAUAACCCUUUGAGCUACGUUUUGUUAUAAUUUACUUCUUAGUGUGAGACUGAAAGUGCGCCUAAAACUGUCUACAAAAAUCAAGCCCAAAACCAUACAACACACAACCCAUGAACCCAACAUGAAGAAUCAAAUGCUUUAUAUCCAUUACAUUACUUGAAACGGAAGAAAGGAGUAAAAGGAUAAUAUACCUUAAAGUAGAAUUAGUCCAACCAAAUUAUCAAGGUUCUAGCUUAAACUCAUUAGCUCUAAACCGCAAAGAAAGUUAUUUGAAUUUAAAACCAGAAGGGCGCUCUGAAGCCAAGCAAACAUACUUGAUUUUAUUUGAUUUUAACACUGAAUUCAUGAUAUAAAUAAUUAUAGAACUUGAAGGAAACAUGAAAUAAAGAAAUUGUAUCUUUUAUAGAAAUCAGGAACAAACACUAGCAGAAGCUAGAAACUUCAAAUGUUAAUAUUAAGCUCCAAAAUGUCUUUUUCAAAAUUACAUAAAGCAAGUGUAAGAGAAAUCAAUAAAAGCAACCGUAUAUAGAUGGAUACACACAAGAAAUUCUGUAUGAAGUAAAAGUAAUACGAAAAACCCUUUUUUCUUUAUAUAGAAACCACUUAAAACAAUUGCAUAUAAAUCAAAGAUCGUCAAUGGAAGAGGAGAAAUUACAUUCAAAAUUUUUAGAGACUAGAAGGAAAUAAUGUAUAAUAGCUUCCACUAGAGCGUAUUCUACACGUAUUUAGAAAUCCAAAAGAAAACACAAAAAAGGAAAAAAAAAAAAACAACGGAAAACACACACAUAAACCCAUCUGAAGUUACUUCAACUAUUUUUGGUUUCAUCUCAACUACAGAAGUGUCCAGAGAAAGAAAGAUUUUAGAAAUUUGUAAAUACAUUUAAAUUAGACUAGUUUCCUUAGGUUCUUUUAGUUGAGCUAAGCGAUGAAGGGAAUAGGUAUACCUAUAUAUAUAUCUGAAAUUUACGAGAAUCGAAAUGUUGCAAAUUAAUUUAUUUUAGCGUUAUAGACCCGUAGAACUGAAUGCAAUAUGCUUACCUUAAACUCAACAUUUAAUUUAAUUCUAUUCCUAUUAUCUUUAGUUGGAUUUACUAUAACGUUUUUAUAUAGCUAAACCUGUAUAUCAUUGUAAAUUAAUUAAAGCAUACGAAGUAGCAUCUACAAGAGUUAUAUUAAACCAACAAUAUAAAAACAAGAGCAAACAGCAAAUAUCAUUAUAACCUUGUUAAAAUUGUCGCAAGAGCAAUUAAAAAAAACCAGCUAAGAAACUUGAAGGAGAAGAAAUGAAGGCAAAUCACAGAAGAUUUAAAUAAUAAUAAUAACGAAAAACGAUAAAUUUAAAAUUUUAAGCUAAACUAAAUGUGUAAGAGUAAACUUUAACCACACAAUAUUAUAGCACAUUUUGGAUUAUCAAAUAUGCAUACACAAGAAAUAUCUACUAUAAACCGUACAUGUAAAGGUAAACCCAAAAGAAAAAAAGGAGAAAAAAAAAAAACGGAAAGAAACAAUCUAUGUAACAGCCGAAAUUAGCGAAAACAACCCAUGUAAUAAAUAAACGACAUUUAAUGUAAUAUUGGUAUAACGUAAUUUUUAAAGUGAGGUACUAUAAAUAAAAAUUAUUAAAUAAUAUAAA